AUGGAAGAAAUCAUUGACAACAAUCCCGGAACGAUGAUUGAUAUUGCCCCAGAUGGUGAUGUCGUUCUAGUUGUUGGACAGAAAAAGUGCAGCAUACGUGUCCAUUCACUGAUCCUGAAGGCAGCCUCAAACCCCUUUUCGGCCAUGUUGGGAGUGGACUUCAAGGAAGGCUGCGACAUGACUGACAUGGAAGAGCCAGUGAAGUUGCCCUUGCCAGAAGACAAUGUGGUGGGCCUGAAGUACAUCUGCGCUGUUGCACACCAUCAAAACAAGAUGGUGCCUGAAUUAUGGCGGCGGACGAUGUUCUAG